CUCACACACGCACACGCACACACACACACACACGCGCACACACACACACACACACACACACUGUAUGUUUGACUGGCUUCACACUCUUCAGUACAGAACUAUAACAGCAUUAUCUCCAGACUCCGCAGAAGAACGUUCUAAGGAGGUCCAUGAUGUUGAUGUCCAGAUGUGUGGGCAGACAGCUGUGCAGGUUUAAAUCAGCUCCAGUGCCGCUGAGCUGCAGAAUGCAGUACUCGCAGGACCUGCAGGGUGACACGCCUGCCCCCUUUCGCCCCGAGACCUCGAUGGCCAAGACGCUGAUGGACAUCGGGACACGGCGGAUUUUCUCUGAGGAACAUGACCUGUUCAGACAGAACGUCCGGAGGUUCUUUAAGGAAGAAGCGGUUCCUUAUCACGCAGAGUGGGAGAAGGCAGGUGAGGUCAGUAGGGAGUUGUGGGAGAAGGCGGGCCUGCAGGGGCUGCUGGGUAUUUACACUCCUGCUGAACAUGGCGGGGUCGGAGGAGACCUGCUCUCUGCUGCCAUCGUGUGGGAGGAGCAGAUGUACUGUAACUGUUCAGGUCCUGGUUUCUCUCUGCAUUCGGAGAUCGUGAUGCCGUACAUCAGUCAUUAUGGCUCACAGGCUCAGAUCGACCGCUUCCUGCCCCAGAUGGCUGCUGGGAAAUGCAUCGGCGCCAUCGCCAUGACUGAGCCGGGGGCAGGCAGUGAUCUUCAGGGAGUGAAGACGUACGCUCGGAGAGAUGGCACUGACUGGAUCCUCAAUGGAAAUAAGGUGUUCAUCACUAACGGGUGGAUGAGUGACCUGGUCAUUGUUGUUGCUGUAACGAAUCGUGAGGUGAAAUCAGCAGCGCAUGGUCUCAGUCUGUUUCUGGUGGAGAACGGCACCAAGGGCUUCAGCAAGGGAUGUAAACUAGACAAGAUUGGCCUCAAAGCACAGGACACAGCAGAGUUGUUCUUUGAGGAUGUACGCCUCCCAGCUGAUGCUCUACUCGGAGAACCGAACAAAGGAUUUUACUAUCUCAUGAACGAACUGCCUCAGGAGCGGUUGAUAAUAGCGGUAAUGGCUCUGGCCAGCUGUGAGUUUAUGUUUGAGGAGACUCGGAGUUACGUGACUCAGAGGAAGGCGUUUGGGAAAACCAUCGCUGACCUGCAGACAGUUCAGCACAGAUUAGCUGAGCUAAAGACGGAGAUCUGUGUGGGUCGAACUUUUAUUGAUAACUGCCUCCAGCUGCACAGUGAGAAGAAGUUGGACUCCAGCACCGCUUCCAUGGCCAAAUACUGGGCAUCAGAGUUACAGAAUAAAGUGGCCACUCAGUGUCUGCAGCUGCAUGGUGGGUGGGGCUACAUGUGGGAAUAUCAAAUCGCCAAAGCCUUCGUGGACGCUCGUGUGCAGCCCAUCUACGGCGGAACCAACGAGAUCAUGAAGGAGCUGAUCGCUCGCAGCAUCGUCGGACACAGAUAGACGAGUGCUGAGCUGAGGGAUCGGACGGAUCAGACUGAGACACGGAGAGAAGAUAAUACACUCUCUUGGAGAUCAUGUGACACAAUUUUGAUCAUUUUAUUUCUUAUUUUUAUAGAAUAAAGUUUAUAGUGCAUGAUUUAAUAAGUAAAUAAUUACGAAAAAACUCAUUUGAAGGGUUAAAGUUGUUCACGUGGGUAGACAGAUUUUAAAUAGCAACAUUUAAUUAUUUAUAUAUACAUAUACAUAUACAUACAUAUAUACAUAUCAUAGAAAUGUAAUAUUAUAAUAAUAAACCCAGAUUAUAGUGUGAUCUGGGUGUGGAUUGGUGCAUUGAGGAAUCACCCUAUGCAUAUUUCAGCUCAUAAAUAAGUGAAGCUUAUGUUUAUUUGUUUGUUAUGCUGUUAUUUGUGUUCAAAGUUUUAAAACAGAAGUCAAAUUUAAAGCACUAGAAACACAGAAUGGUACGACUCACUGGAUUCUCCAGCUCCAUUUCACUCGCACUCAUCACAAAAGCAGCUCAGCUGGAUUCAGGAAGGUAAAACGUGGAAGCGGUGACGCGUGACAUCACCCCCGCUGGUACGAAUUCACAACAACGAAUCAACCUGCGAGCUGGAGGCCAUGAAGUAACGUGAGAGUGGGAAUUAGGUGACUUUAAUCUCUUAAUUCACUCAUCUGCUCCGCGUACAGAGGAACUUGAAGUUUGUUCGUCAGCGUAUUCCUAAAUGGAAGAGUCCUGGAGAUGAUCAGCGUCUCCGAUUAAGAUCCUCUGAAGUGUGUAGUUGUGACUGAUGUUCGAAUACUGAUGUGUGUAAUUUCUUUAUUAAAUCAUGACUGCACGCUUAAUUAACCCGGCUCUGAACACGCCUCUGAAGAGUGUGAAGUUGUGUGCGGUUUUAAUAACUGUUUCAGAGGAAAAUGUUUUUUCUCUUUUCUGUAGAAUAAAUCAAGUGCCUCUGCUGUA